GUCUAUAGUUCAGUCGAGUUCAUGAGCGGCCAGGAUACGCGGGUUACCGUGCAGGACGGGUAGUAAACGUCAAAAUGAGAGCACCCUCGUGAUAACUCUCGCGGUGCAGUGCAAGUACAAGUCGACAACAAUAACAACGAUAACAACGACGACGACGACGAGAACGGCGACGGCGACGGCGACGGCGACGGCGACGGUAACGGUGGCGGUGUCGUGCGGCAACGUCCGAUGUCUCGCGACAGGCACACACGCUGACGGGAAACUGCCCGAGACCAGCCGAAUCGCGGCAGCUCUCCCCUGUUGAUAUCGCCUGGCGGUCCAGGAAAGCAACGAAAGUGUGUACACGCAUUCUCCAUGACUUGUCAUUCCUACGUUUCGCAAUCGUGAUCGAAACGCCUAGUCCCUCGGAGUCGCGUGCACCGCGCUCCGCUGCCGCGUUCUUCGGUCUUUCCUAGUUCGGAGCAAAAAGCCAGGAGAAAGCAAAAGCCAUCGCGAGAUGUCAAGCGAGAAACUUUGUUUAUGUGCCACUUUGAUCUUCGACUUGUAUCAAUUACGACUGUAAUAUGUUUACAAGAGAAUCUCGAAAAGCACAACAUUAAGGGGCCUGCUGCAGGCACAUUUGAGACCUGCGGUGGUUGGUGAAUGGUGUUGCAGAUAGAUUCCGUGUGGGGCUGGGCGUCACCCCCGCUGCGCCUCCAGCUAGCCGGGGGGACCAGGGGUGCCUCGGGGAGAGCGGCUGCGGGUGCCCCAUCCUCGCAGAGGAUGGGUGAGAUAGUCGUAGAACGCGCUCCCUCCCCAGCACGCCUCAGUCAUACCUCCGAAAAGCAUCCACGCGCAACAUUAACAGAGCUCAAUGGUCUUCGCCGUCAUCGAGAACUGUGCGAUGUUGUUCUCAAUGUUGGCACCAGAAAGAUAUUCGCACAUCGUGUCAUCCUCUCAGCAUGUAGUCCAUACUUCAGGGCAAUGUUUACUGGGGAGCUGGCGGAAUCUAGACAAACUGAAGUAACAAUACGCGACAUAGACGAGAUGGCGAUGGAACUACUCAUAGACUUCUGCUACACUUCUCACAUUAUCGUCGAAGAAGCGAAUGUUCAAACUCUCCUUCCAGCAGCGUGCCUUCUUCAAUUAGCGGAAAUUCAGGAUAUAUGUUGCGAAUUUCUCAAACGCCAGUUAGAUCCAUCGAAUUGCUUGGGUAUCCGGGCGUUCGCGGACACGCAUUCGUGCCGCGAACUUCUGCGUAUUGCCGAUAAGUUCACUCAGCAUAAUUUUCAAGAGGUGAUGGAGAGCGAGGAAUUUCUGUUACUACCUGUCGGCCAAUUGGUAGACAUCAUUUCGUCGGAUGAAUUAAACGUGCGUACAGAGGAGCAGGUGUUUAGCGCCGUGAUGAAUUGGGUCAAGUACAACGUUACCGAAAGACGGCAGCAUCUGGCCCAAGUUCUGCAACAUGUGAGACUGCCGUUGCUCAGCCCGAAAUUCUUGGUCGGCACCGUCGGCUCCGAUCUGCUGGUUCGAUCCGACGACGCCUGUAGAGACCUAGUGGAUGAAGCGAAGAAUUACCUGCUCUUGCCGCAAGAGAGACCGUUGAUGCAGGGACCCAGAACAAGACCCAGGAAACCCACGAGACGAGGAGAGGUGUUGUUCGCCGUGGGUGGUUGGUGUUCGGGCGAUGCUAUUGCUAGCGUCGAGCGAUUCGAUCCUAACACCGCCGACUGGAAGAUGGUGGCGCCGAUGAGCAAACGAAGAUGCGGAGUGGGCGUAGCGGUGUUGAACGACCUGUUGUACGCAGUCGGCGGUCACGACGGCCAGAGUUACUUGAACAGCAUCGAGCGAUACGAUCCGCAAACGAACCAGUGGUCUUGCGACGUAGCCCCGACUACUUCUUGCCGAACCAGCGUCGGUGUCGCCGUGUUGGACGGAUUUCUAUACGCGGUCGGUGGCCAAGACGGAGUCCAAUGCCUUAAUCAUGUGGAGAGGUAUGACCCUAAAGAAAAUAAAUGGUCUAAAGUGUCGCCAAUGACAACCAGAAGAUUGGGAGUAGCCGUUGCUGUGCUCGGAGGUUAUUUAUAUGCCAUCGGCGGGUCUGAUGGGCAGGCACCCCUUAAUACGGUAGAGAGAUACGAUCCAAGGCAAAACAAGUGGACCCAAGUGUCCCCGAUGUCUACGAGACGUAAACAUCUAGGCUGUGCUGUAUUUAAUAAUCUAAUUUAUGCUGUGGGAGGACGAGACGAUUGCAUGGAGCUCUCCAGUGCGGAACGUUACAAUCCCCAUACGAAUUCCUGGAGUCCUAUUGUAGCGAUGACAUCUAGGAGAAGCGGGGUGGGUCUAGCGGUAGUAAACGGUCAAUUGUACGCGGUAGGUGGCUUCGACGGGACAGCGUAUCUGAAAACAAUCGAGGUAUACGAUCCGGAGCAGAACCAAUGGAAGCUGUGCGGCUGUAUGAAUUAUAGGAGACUCGGCGGAGGUGUGGGAGUGAUGCGAGCUCCACAAACCGAGAACUACAUUUGGUAGCUCAGGCCCCCCUCUUCAGCCCAAACGGCUGAAACUCCUCUAACUCCUCUCACACCGGUAACGCCAGUUACUCCUGUAACCCCUCCUGCCCCCGUAUCGGUUCCUGUUGUUAUAACUAAUACUAGAAAACGCUACCGUCGAUCAAUGAGUAUUAUAUAAUUAAUGUGUAUGCAUUUUGUAAGACUUUGCCUUUCGAAAAUUCCGCGAGAGCCGAGUCCGGCGUUUUACUACGUUUUACCUUCUCUCUUGUUCUUACUUUUCAAUUCACCACCGACUCCGAGAUAGCUUGUUCGUUCGAUCGAGACGUGUACGGGUUCCAUGCAUACGGCGAAGGAAAGUUGCGACAACCCGCUCGAGUUACUGCCGUUUACUUUAAUAUAUUUACACACUUCUUCGAAACUUUAUCGUUAUUUUAUAGGAAUUUCCUCGUGAACGCUACACUAUGUGUAUUUUAUUGUGUUUACACGAUACGAAUUUCAAUCGCUUUAGACUUAAGUGUCUAUAGGAAUUUUCGGGAAAAAGAAAGGGCUGCUACUUUGCAUUUGCCACGCACGUAAAUUGAGGACAACGUUUUCUCACACGAAAAGAAAGAAAGGCAAAUUCUCUCUCCCCUCGGACAUUCGCCAGGAAAAUAUGUGUUUUCGAUGAGCAGUUUCCAUUCUCCUUCAGUGAAUGAAAUCGAAAAAAAUGUAUAAGCUUUCAGUUGAUAGUCUUAAUUUAAUUAAGCGAAAGGUUGCUUUUGCACCUAUUGCAAGGAAUGUAAUAUAAGACACUGAUUUCUCGUAAGAGUAGACUGCUUUUAUUAAGUGUAUGGAUAUCACGUUCUGUUCCAUAAGACUGAGUGUUAACCAGGAAACAUUCAAAUACUAAAUCGUGAUAAACAGUUACAAUCUGUAUUCUCUCGCAAAGAUAUGAAAGUCAGAAUAACACCCGCACUUGCAGUGCGAGACCCUGCGAAUAAUUCGAGUAAUACCGAAUUCAUUUGACGCAUUUAUUAUGUUAUCAACGAUUUAUUAUUAUGCCAAGUGCGUCGACGCGCUUGCUCGAGAAAAGCAAUAUAUUAUAUAUGAAAAUAUUUGAAAUUAUAAAUUAUUUUAAUAUAUGAAAAUAUUUGAAAUUAUAAAUUAUUUAAACGCGACAUUUGACAUCUCGUUCUUUCGUCUUGCUGCAAAGAUAUGCCAUUUAACCGACAUCCGUUGUAUAUGUUUAAGUCAACAGAGGAGUAGCCUUAUCGUACAAAAUGGUGAUAGGGAUCAUUGAUCAACAACAAUCUCAUAAUGUAACACUUCUUAUAAUUAUGCGAUAAGGCCCAGUGAAAUUGGCCAAGCACGACCAAUGUUUCGCUGCAACAAUAACGGACCUUGCUCGAUAGAAAUUUAUUUUGGCGAAAAUCGAAUGACGAUUGUACGUUGAAAUUGAUUCGAAUGAUUUUCACGGAAGCGAGAGAGCCUUCACGGAUCGUCGCUGUUACAGGUAUGAGAUUGUUGAAGACAGCAAAAUGCAUGUCUAGCGUAAGAACAUAUUGACGAUGUAAUGUAAUUCUUUAUAAGCAGCUGGCUACACAAAGACGAUUAUUCCGAUUUCUCCCGACAGCUUAUUGACGCAUUUCUCAAUUUACAUUAUAUGGGGCUAUAUUGCGAAUAGUCCGUUAUGAUUAAGUUAUGAAACUCGUGAUGCCGUAGAGAGACAACGGGAACGUGGAUCAUGUUCAGUUAAUCAAAUUAGACGUUGCAAGGGUACAAAUUGUUGUAAUCCACGAACAAAGUUCAAAUAAGUGUUCAAUACCCAAUCUCGUCUGAUUUUCGAGGAAACAGGAAUUAGAGGUCAGAAGGAUGUAACAUUAUUUACAGAGCAUUUGCGCGACACACACAUAGCGCUAGCUGAAUUAUAAUUUUAAUUGAUAUGCGUUUUAAACUCGUAAACAAUAGGCAUAUUAUAUCGAAUCUUAUACAAUAUGUUUCCCGCAAGUGAGGACGCACGAGAAACACCAAAUCUGAUUACGUUAUCAAUUAGCAUUCGUAGAGUAAUCCCGGAAAACGCCCAGCGUUAAUGCAGACAUAUUGUUUUCCUGUCUUGCUAAUCGAGAUCAAAAGAUUGUUCUGUACAACUGUUCAGUACAAAGGAAGAGUCAUAGGAUUUCUUUCCUGUUUUUUGUCAAUAAAUUAAAGAAAGUGCGCAUUAGAAAUUUGCGCGAACUAUUA